CAACCCCAGUGGCGGCUGUGUGGCCCCCUGUCUCAGCCCGGUCGGAGUAGUUUCGAACGUUUGAAUGAAAUACAGUGCAAAUUACCUCCACUUUGGGCCCUGGAAAUAAUGGCUUCAGCCUUGGAGCAGUUUGUGAAUAAUGUGCGGCAGCUCUCCGCUCAAGGCCAAAUGACUCAGCUUUGUGAUUUGAUCAACAAGAGCGGGGAGCUGUUGGCCAAAAACCUGUCCCACCUGGACACAGUUCUGGGAGCCUUGGACAUUCAGGAGCACUCUCUAGGUGUCCUAGCUGUGUUAUUUGUUAAGUUUUCCAUGCCAAACAUCCCUGACUUCGAAACGCUAUUUUCCCAAGUCCAGCUCUUCAUCAGUACCUGCAACGGUGAACAUAUUAGAUAUGCAACAGACACUUUUGCUGGUCUCUGCCAUCAAUUGACAAAUGCCCUUGUAGAACGGAAACAGCCGCUGAGAGGUGUCGUCGUCCUAAAGCAGGCAAUAGACAAAAUGCAGAUGAACACAAACCAACUUACCUCAGUUCAUGCAGACCUGUGUCAGUUGUGCUUGUUAGCAAAGUGCUUCAAGCCCGCCUUGCCCUUCUUGGAGCUGGACAUGAUGGACAUCUGCAAGGAGAACGGAGCCUAUGACGCAAAGCACUUUUUAUGUUUCUACUACUAUGGCGGAAUGAUCUACACCGGCCUCAAAAACUUCGAAAGAGCACUGUAUUUUUACGAACAGGCAAUAACCACUCCAGCCAUGGCAGUGAGUCACAUCAUGUUGGAAUCUUACAAGAAGUACAUCCUGGUCUCACUUAUUCUUCACGGCAAAGUACAGCCGCUUCCCAAGUACACCUCACAAAUAGUUGGUCGGUUCAUCAAGCCCUUGAGCAACGCGUACCACGAGUUAGCUCAGGUUUACACCACCAACAAUCCAGCGGAGCUGCGCAACGUUGUCAACAAACAUGCCGAAACCUUCACGCGGGACAACAACACAGGCCUGGUCAAACAGUGCCUGUCCUCGCUCUACAAGAAAAACAUUCAGAGGCUAACAAAGACCUUCCUAACACUCUCUUUGCAAGACAUGGCGAGUAGAGUGCAACUGUCUGGCCCACAGGAGGCAGAGAAAUAUGUCUUACACAUGAUUGAGGAUGGCGAGAUCUACGCCAGCAUUAACCAAAAAGACGGCAUGGUCUGUUUUCACGACAACCCUGAAAAGUACAACAACCCUGCAAUGCUCCACAAAAUCGACCAAGAGAUGUUGAAAUGUAUAGAGCUGGAUGAGAAACUAAAGUCUAUGGAUCAAGAAAUCACAGUAAACCCACAAUUUGUGCAGAAGAGUAUGGGAUCGCAGGAGGAUGAUGUUGGUAGCAAAACAUCAAGUUACUCCUGAGGGGCCUUGGACCUGAAGCAAAUGCUGCAGCCUCUCUGACGAAUUCUCCCUGGGCUGAGUUGGAUUUUUUUGUUUUUGUUUUUUUUUUCUUUUUUUUUCUUUUUAAAGAGGAAAACAAUUGCAUAAGGACAUCCAGUGGUCAUGAAAAUCCAAGCGUGCAGAAUUAUAUUAAAUUUGGUGAUUCUUUAGUCACUGUCCUAAGGAUGUCAAACAAUCCUUAGACAUAAUUAAAUAAUUCAACUUUUUGUCAGUGUUUUAUUUAUCAAUGUUCAGACUCAUUAACAGAAAACACAAUAAUAAAAACUGGAUUUAUUUGUUCCAAAAUGUGUGACUUUAUCUGUGUUCCAGUGUUCCUGCAUGACGAUUGUGUUGACGGAAUUCAGACUGCUGUGAGUCAUUGUCCCUCACUUUUUCUGAGCUGUGACAAGUUUUCCACACGAGGUUGACUUCACCGUGUUGAGCAAAUAGUCCGAUUUCUUCCACUAGAGGUCGCUGGAGCACUGUACAGUCUGUAAAGCGCACAGCUAAAAGCAAACUGCCAUGUCUUUUGGAAGCUUUGCGAUCAUGUGUUUAUUGUAAUAAAGUGCUACGUAAUG